UUUUUCUCUAAAAUUGAAGUAGAAUCUUUUCAUCCAGUUUGUUCAAGUGAUUUUGUUUCCUCUAAUUGGCUUAUAUAUCUCGGUACGCAGUAUGGACCACCUGAUUGGACUUCUAAUCAAGAUUUUCGUCAAUGGGGUGCCGCUUAUUUUCGUACACGUCAAACACUCUGUUCAGUAGCCAAGGCUACUGUAACUGGGAUUCUGGAGAAUUUUUUCUCAUCUAUUUCAGUUAUCAAUCGAAUCAUAUCACAAGAUGAAUUCAAUAGGCAAAUGAAUGUUACUCUCGAUCAUCUAAAAGGAUCGAUGCCUGAAACAUUCAUUCAAGCUUUAACAUUGAUUCGAAUUACAGGUCAAUCCAAUGGUUUGAUGAAUGUUUUUUCGUCUAAUUGGUAUUUUUAUUUGAGUGAAAAUCAAAGUAGCAUGGAUAUAUUGGAAAGUCGACCAGUUCACUACAAGACUUCUACUUGUUCAUGCGCUACUUCACGACAAUGUUCAUCACCAGCUGCAUUAUUCUAUGACAACUCAACUAUUCUUCAUGUUAUUGAUGGACUUCAAUUUGGUUGCACGAUUUUAGAAUCACUUCUUCUUUCAUCCUUAGAAUGUUUCUAUAGUGCUACAUGUUUACAAGCAUUGUUCGAUGUUAUGCCUCUUGGUAGUUCCUGGUUCAACUGGCAAUAUGAUGUUCCGCUGAAUUAUUUUUUACCGAUCAAUCUUAGUACGUCAAACUUUGGCAUCAAUGAUACCAUUGAAAUGAUUGUUAAUAGAGUAUUCAUCGAUUCUUGGAACAUUAAUUUUUCAUACGAACUGUUCCACGAAGCGUGUGCUUCUCGACAAUGUUCAUUUACAUACAAUUACCGAUUUGAUUUAUUGGCUGUAUUAACAACGUUUUUAAGCGUUUUUGGUUCACUGGCACUCGCUUUAAAUUAUCUUGUUCCUUGGUCGAUAACAUUGAUGAAUAAAAUCCUAAAUCGAUGUCGUGUUGCGCCUCAUUAG